AUAUUGAUAUUCAACAUUCUGCAUUUUAUUUCCGAAUCAUUAUCUUCAUUUUUUUAAAUUGUUUAUUCUUUGAAAUUAAGAGUAAAAGAGUGGCAGUUUAGUCUAAAUAUAUGUGAGUGCCAUGAUCUGAUUAUUUUUAUAUAUCUAAAAAAAACAUUAAUAAUAACAACAACAACAACAACAACAACAAAAUAAAGAAAAAUGAAUGAGGAUUCGCUUCUAGUUUUGAAUUGCGUUGAAAACUUUUUGCCUGCAUUCGGAACAAAGUUAAAAAAUGUACGUGGAAUUUUUAACCAACACGAAAAAGAAAUUCCUGAAAUAUGGAUUCAACCUCCGACGCCGAAGAGUAAAAAAAACCAUAGCUUACAAAUUGAUAAAAUGCUUUCAAAAUCAUUUGAAAAUUUUCAGAACGUUUUAAAACGACAAUCUGAUUUUUUUUCUAUAAAUGUGCUGCAUGACAAAAAGAAAGCAAAAGGAGACGACGAGAUAAAAUUAGAGGAAGAAAAGCUUGUGAAGACUCGUUCCUUAGGAUAUUUAGGCGGAAUGGACUACUUACAAGUUCCUGGACAUAAAAAUCGACGUCACAGUAUGCCAUGCUUAAGUCAAUUACCAAAUCAUAAGUUAAAACAAUACUAAAAUAACUUUACUAAUUUAUACGUGUUUGGACUUAUUGUACAUAAAUUUUACUUGUUAUAAUACAUAAAGAAUAAUAUCAAAUAAGAAAAUUGUUACAAAAACAAUUAUUUUUGUGUUGCGUUUUUGUAACAUCUUUGACGUUUAUCUUUGAUAAUGUUUACACUGAUUGGAAAAAUAAAUUUAUCAAAAAACUGCAUAGUUUAAAUUUAUAUAUGUUUACAAGAAAAAAUAAUAUA